CGAUGAAAUAGAAAAGUAAGUUACGCUUUUGAUUGCUUGAAAAUUGUUUCAUUUUCGUACUCUAAAGCAGAGACGGGGCAGAGGACUAAUCAAUGAGGAUUUGCACCAUCGGAAACACGUUUUCAAAUGUUUACGCUGCCGCAGACAAUUCGCUUGACUUAAUUCCGCAGUACUGUCAAGGAAGCACAUUGUUAAGUGCCAUGCUGACGAGCGGAUUAUCAGUCAUCCCUAUUAUACACUUCCUGCUUUUCUCCUUGUGAGGGUAUAAAUAUUAGAUUUGAAUGUAGCCAUACCACCAGUUCAUUCGCGUGAGUGACUUUUGCGUGAACAUCUUUCAACAGUAUAAUUGACGCGGGAUUUGUUUUCGCCAGAGAAAUGAGGAAGGUAGUUUGGUUAGCAGAAAUGCUGUGGCUUUCAUGGUUUUUCUGUUCAAUAAGUUCCGGGCUGGACCCUGGAGAGCAGGCCAAGGUAACUACGGCUCUCGAAACUGCUCAGUUUGUACUGAAUUCUAUUGACGAAGACUAUAAAGCUCAAGCAAAGGCCAUCAGAGAGUUGCAGAAGGUUUCGGCUCAAUCGAGAAGCGCUGAACUAUUGGAUAAGCAGACGAAAUUAGCCAAGAUCGGUUCCAAAGUUGGCAAAGCUCUCAAAGCAGUGCAGGCUGCAUCUGCCAUUGCAAGUUUUGUCUUUACUUUCUUCAUGCCAAGUGAGCUCGAUGUCAUCACGGGCUUGAUAAACAAACGCUUCAACGAAGUCAAUAACAAGCUCGAUCGUCUGGAUGAGAAACUCGACGAAAUAGAGAAAUCUAUCAAGGCGAAUACCGCUUUCAACACUUUCUUGUCUGCCUGGAUCAAAUGGGAGUAUAAAUCGAGGAAUGGAGCCAAGAAACUAACCAACAUCCGUAAGCUAAUGGGGACCAAAACACGAAGAAUAGACCAAGUAAAGCUCGCCGAAGAAUACGUUAAAUACUAUGAAAACAACAACUUGGACGGCAACCUUCUGAACCUCUACAGAAUGGCAGCCCACCCAAAAGCUAUCACCCAACGAAACAUCUUCGAUAUAUUUAUUGCUCAAUUUGGCUGCGAUAUAACGAAGCUGUCAGAGUUAAUGAUCCUCGUCAAAAACAUAAUGACCAGCGCUGCCCAGCAGAAAAUGACCUACUAUUAUUUCAAGGGCUACCAAAGCAGAGCCAAGAAAAGUUUCAAAGACAUCCAGACGUACUUUUUCAAAAUUCGUCGAGCCUUUGACGAUCGGGUCUGGCACUGCAGAAGAAACUCUCUGAACCACGCUAAGAGGGAUGCUAACAAGAUUUUGAAGAAUAUGAGGGGAUCUGCACAGGAAAGCAUAGUUCGAGCCAUCUUUAAUGAACUUAAAGUCAAGUACCCCUGGUACACCUGGGCUGUGGCAGCAGUCAAGAAUGACCGUCCAAGGAUUCACGGUCUUGAGUUGAGAGGCAGUACAUACUUUCGGUUAGAUGACCGGUCGGAUCCCAAGAAGGUAAAGGUGUAUUUUGUGGUCCACGAGGACACAAAGUCGUCUGCAAACUGCAUUGACAUUACACAAGCCAAGACCUUACUGGUUUUCAAAAAAUGCGACGGGUGCAAUUCCGACUAUAUCUACGCCGCUGAUAACAUUCUGUCCAAGAAGAGAUGUGGAAGCUCGACGCUUGAACGGGCUGCUGAUAUUAAACAACAGUGCUCCGGAUAUCGCCACAGUACCAUCUGUGCCAAUAGCGUGAGAAAGAAAAUCCGAACGUGGGCUUUUAUCGCAUCAGCAGUCAGCACUGUCAAUGGCAUAUGUCAGUCGGACAGCUGCAAUAGUCACGGUCAGUGUAGGCAACUACCAUUUACGAAAACUCAUCAAUGUAUCUGUGAGAAGAACUACGAAGGAGAAUCGUGUGAAAAACGCAUAUACUUUGACGACACCAUAGAAAAGCUGAUCGCGGAAUUAAGAAAAACUUUCAAAGUUGUAAAUUACGUUCCUACCACUGUAGACGUGUUCUUCUCCAUAAGGUCGUUGUCCAAGAAGUUAAACGUGGUUUUACAGAAGAUCAAGGCCUCCUUUACUCAUACGAACAACAUCAUCAAGCAUUCUCAAAACAUUUACAACGUCGAAGACAUAGCCGAUCUCUAUGCAAAACUGCAGAAGAACGAGAUGACUUUUGAUCAGUUUGGCCGAAAAAUCGAUAAGUAUUUGCAGACAGUUUCUACCUAUAAGCUACAGAACAGAUUGAAAAAGAUGAUUCUUGGUCAAGGUACUUUAGACACCCCUGGAAAUGACAUCUAUAAUUCGUACAAGCGAGAAUACCUAAAUCACAAUGGAGGCGGUUGCUCGGCAAAGUACAAUGAAGAUAUCAAGGGUUUCAGGGAUAGCUUAGCCUACUUGGACCAAGCAUUGGGAGAGGCGCUGUUACUGCAUCAAAAGUGGUUGCUUGAAACCAAAGGAAAAACAGAAGACCUCCGCAAAAAGUACAAGAAAGAAGCAGAGUACAUCCGAAACAUCUUCAAAAGUCGACAGCAGAAAUACAACCAAUACUGGAAGAAAUACAGCUGUGGUCUUGUUAGUGUUGAUGGUACGAGUGUUUCGUGCAAGGACGAGCUGACCUUCGAAGGCAUGACUGUAACUUUAAGGUGCGACAAGCAGAGGCGCUCGACUCCGGGAAAAGUUACUUGCAAGAGGAUCGGCAAUAUCUUGAAAUGGGACUCUCAACCAAAAUGUAAAUACCUUUGGGGAAAUUUUGGUAGCUGGGGUCGUUGUUCCAAGACCUGCGGUGGAGGAGUCAAGUUCCGUUACAGACGUUGCUUAGGAUCAAGCAAUGUCAAUAACUGCAUAAGAGACCAGGGUGGAUCAAAUUACCAAACUACAAAAUGCGAGACCCAAGAUUGCUGCUCUGCUCGGUACGGGAAGUUCAGAUGUUCGAAUGGAAGAUGUAUAAGGAAAACCUGGCUCUGUGAUGGAGAUAAUGAUUGUCGCAACAACGAUGACGAAAGCCGGUCUCGAUGUCCAAACUUCAUUCGAUCGGGUGACCUGAUAGCAUUAAGAAGCAACGCCAGAAGAAAUCAGUGGUUGAGCUGUUAUUGCACUGUCAACUGUGGUGUUGAUCGUUGCAAACUUCGAGGUUGUCCUGGUAGUCAAAUGACAGGCAGCGAUUGGAGAUCGUGCAACAGUGAGACAUUCAUACUGUACUCGACACAUUACCGUCCUGGGGAACCUGUUAGAUAUGGUGACUCAAUCGCACUUUAUUACGGUGCGGGCCACUGGCUGAGUUGCUGGGGUAGUGGGGGUGUUUGUCCGACGAGGAGUUGUCCCGGCUACGGCAGGUGGGAUUCCAGAGAUACAAGGAACUGUCGCGGGGAAAGAUUCUGGAUUUAUUCACCCGAACGUGAAGGCAGGUGUUCAAGCGAUACAAGAGUUGGUUGUCGAGGAAAGCCAAUACAGAAGGGUGAUAACGUCUUCAUACAAUAUUCCAUAAAACGCGGCCGGAGAGGGUAUUGGCUGAGCCAAGACAACAAGGACAUUAAAACCCGAACCUGUCCUGGCAUUUACAUCAGCAAAUAUGACAAAAGAUGCAGAAGUGAAAGCUGGAACAUUUUUGCCCGUUAGAGGUCAUGUAGACGGCAGGACAUUUAGGGCUGAUGAUGUGAUUCGUUUUUUUUUUCUUUUGCAAACAUUUAGGAACCUCCCGUUUUCACUAUCAUCAUCAUAUCCAUAUCAUAUUCAUAUUUAUCAUGAUUUAGCCGAUUUAGGUGGUACGAACAUCGUUGAAGGCGACAGGUUUAGACGGGAAGCCUGCGAUAAUAAAUAAACUAUUCUAUUACACAAAUUAUAAGCCCAGGCUUAUUCUAAUGUGCAUCACAAAUUGAAAUCAAACUCGGACCCAAAUUACGACACAACUGAUGUUUUCAGUAAAUGCAACGUGUUACUCGUUGAGCACGACACUCAAAUGUCGUGGGAUUUUGAAACAUGUCUUUAAAACUCCUCGAAAAUCGUAUGCUCAGGCAGUAUUGAAAGAGUAGAGUUGCAUGUGUACACGUGGAAGUUGCAAAACGACACCGUAUCGUCUAAAUCGGCUAAAUCAAAAUUCUUCAUUUAAAGGGGCUAUGUCAUGGUUAUUUUUCGGUCUUUGGGAACCCAACAUUCGGGUUAAUUAAGAAUUAAGAACAUUUUUAUACUCAAAUUGGUCUUAGAUAUCCAAUAGAAAGAGAAGUAAAAGUUAACUUUUAAAGACGCCCAACGCAUAAUCGGUUUAUAAUGGUUCUUACUAGACAGGAAAGCUGAAACUUGAAAAACAGCGGCCCGCUGUUUUUCAAGUUUCAACCCAUUUCCAUGCUGACCAUCUGUAGCAUUAUUUUAAGUUUCCAUCUGUACAAACAUCUCCUGUGGCUUGUUAAAUUCAUACCAAACACUCGUGACAUGGCCUUUUUAAGAGUUUGCUAUGUUUCAUCUAAAACUAUCCCACAGACAAGUAACACUCUUGUUACUCUUCCACUAUGUUUUUGUUUUACUCUUUUAUCAAAUAUUUUAAGUUGGGGUUGAUAGACAGAGAACUAGCCCGACUGCGGUCCAGGUAAGGACUGUGGAACUACUAAGUUCCAUCGUAGAAUAACACUCUAAAACUCCAACCUGUUUGGGUUUAGGAUAGACCAGCUUAGAGCCAUUUGGUUGCCUUAGUUUUAUUAACAUUUUUGUUUUAAGAAGAAGGGACCACUUCGCAAAACGUACCGCCAGUAAUUCAAGCAUCAAGAUUGAUAGAGUGCUUGGAAGCAAACCGUUAAACUGACUGUCAGUAGUUUUGAAGACUAACAUAGAAUUUGAACUGAGCUGUUUUCGAAUAGGUUAGUGAUUUCAGCUCGAAUAAAGAGGCCACCUUUUCAGUGGUGCAAACAACCAUUCUUUGCAUCGGGUUGCACGACUUCUAACCACCGUGGUUCCUUUCGCUUUAAUUUCUGCUGUUACUGCACAAACGCAGUCCAGCAAGAACAAAUAGACAGCUCGAAUUCUCGAUUCAAAAUCUGUCGCCCAACAGGAUUGUGACUUUUUAAUCUUGGUGAUUUUCUUAAGUUCAGUAAAAAUGGGAUAAUUCCAAUGAUUUUGCUGAUUAGCUGGAAAUCUAUUGUGUACUAGGUAGUAUGUAGCGGUAUAAAGUGGUGGAUUAAAUUCUCUCUAAUAGGCAGCUCUCACUAUAGAGUCAUUUGACUAAAGCUACCAGAAUUCAUUUUGUUUUUCCUUCAUCAUUUAAUUUUGUAUUCCCAGCGGGGUAGAAAUAACAAUGGCUGUAGUUAGCACGAGAAAAACGAAACCCGAAGGAUUCUGGUAGUUGUAGUCAACUGGCGUCAUCACGCAAAUGUCCUAUUGAUGAUGACAUGUACAAGCAAUUAUGUGUAGUUGGACUUGACCGGAUUUGACGUUAUGAACGGUCAACUGGAUCGAAUGAUCAGCAAUAAACUCGUUGACCACAAUAAA